CUCCAGGGCCAGUGUCGAACAACUGUGGCCUUAUAAAAAGGACUGUGGAAGCAGCGAUACACGUUUAAUGAAGAGGGACUGAAUGAGCUGCACGCACAUUUGGAUGUAGAUCUCCGCUUGGAGAACCACUUGCACUGUGAGGCGACUGCACACAGGCUUCCUCAGCUUCUCAAAGUGGCAUGUUAUGGCUGUCUAGAGUAACACGUCAGCCACACAGAGACGACAACAUGAACGUGACAACCCUGCUCAUCAUCUGCUCCUGUCUGAUCUUGGGGAGUCUGGGGAAGCCGCAAUUCCCUGAGCAAGAGAAGGAUCCUAAGUUUUGGAAUACGUGGGCCCAGCAGACCCUGAAGAAAGCUCUGACGCUGCAAAAUCUCAAUAAAAACAAAGCAAAGAAUCUCAUCCUCUUCCUUGGAGAUGGGAUGGGCAUUCCCACGGUGACAGCCGCUCGAAUACUGAAAGGUCAGCUGAACGGACAGAGUGGAGAGGAGACGCAGCUGGAGAUGGACAAAUUCCCCUUUGUAUCUUUGGCCAAGACAUACAACACUAAUGCACAGGUUCCCGACAGCGCUGGCACAGCCACAGCUUACCUCUGCGGGGUAAAGGCCAACGAGGGCACGGUGGGCGUGAGUGCAGCUGCUGUCCGAUCCCAGUGUAACACUACAGAGGGCAACGAGGUCACCUCCAUUCUCAAAUGGGCGAAGGACGCAGGCAAGUCAGUGGGAAUAGUGACAACGACGCGAGUCAACCAUGCAACUCCCAGUGCUUCCUACGCUCACAGUGUGGACAGAGAGUGGUACUCAGACAAUGAGAUGCCAGAUGAAGCCCUGCAGGCCGGCUGCAAGGAUAUCGCCAAACAGCUCUUUGAAAACAUUCCCAACAUUGAUGUGAUAAUGGGCGGAGGGAGGAAGUAUAUGUUCCCCAAAAACACGUCAGAUGUUGAGUACCCCGACGUGGCAAAGCACAGCGGCACACGGAAAGACGGGAGAAACCUGGUGCAGGAGUGGCUUGACCGAGUGAAGGAUAAAAAAGGCCAUUAUGUAUGGAACAAGAAGCAGCUCUUAUCAUUGAACCCUAACAACGUGGAUUACUUAUUGGGUCUCUUUGAACCUGGGGAUCUGACAUAUGAUUUGGAGAGGAACACCGAGACCGAUCCCUCACUGACAGAGAUGGUGGAGGUCGCCAUCAAGAUCCUGAGAAAGAACCCCAGUGGAUUUUACCUGCUUGUAGAAGGGGGACGUAUUGAUCACGGACACCAUGAGGGCAAGGCCAAGCAAGCUCUGCACGAAGCUGUGGAAAUGGACCGGGCCAUUGGCCGGGCAGACCUCAUGACGAGCAUCCAUGAAACCAUGACCGUAGUUACUGCUGACCAUUCUCAUAUGUUCAACUUCGGAGGCUACACAGCCAGAGGAAACACAAUAUUUGGUCUGGCCCCCAUGUUGAGUGAUGUGGAUCAGAAGCCCUUCACCUCCAUUUUAUAUGGAAAUGGACCAGGUUACAAGCUAGUCAGCGGUGCGAGGGAGAACGUGGCCACUGUUGACUACCAGGGAAACAACUACCAGGCCCAAUCGGCUGUACCUCUGAACAUGGAGACUCAUGGAGGAGAGGAUGUUGCUGUGUUUGCUAAAGGUCCCCUGGCUCACCUGUUUCAUGGGGUCCACGAGCAGAACUACAUCCCCCACGCGAUGGCAUACGCAGCCUGCAUUGGCCAGAAUAGGGAACACUGUACGUUACGUGGCGGGACUGCCGGUGUACGCCCUGUCCUCCCUAGCAUCGCAGCCCUUCUCACAAUCACCCGACUUCUCUGCUGACCGACCCCUAACAGUUAAUAUCCCUGUUUUAACAAGUCAUACAUUUUGAGAUUGAAUUUUUUUGUUGUUCUUGUUUUUUUUUCUUUGUUUUCUUUUUUAAUUUUGUAGUUUCACUUUACAGUAUUUUGAUCACAGGACCACUAUAAAGGCACUGUUGUCACAAUUACAUGAAGAAAAGCAUAAGGGUAUCAGUUUUAGUCUUUUCAGGCAAAUAUGUAAAACAUUACAAAAUAAUCAGUCACCCCUGAUGCACUGAAGUGAAAAAAUGGUGUUGCAGAUAUCGUCACAAAAUUAAAAAUCUCAUUUGUGAUUUGUUGAAUAGUUUUAAUUAUGGAUUUUAGGGCCUGUUAAACCUUUUUGUUUAAUGUAAACCCUUUAGGUUUGAAUCGAUAGAUUGGCUUUUCAAAAGUUUGAGCAUGUUUCAUAUUUUAAAUGUGCAGUUAACAGAAUCUACCUCAUAAGCUUUCAAAAGAUCUCUCGUGUGAUUAUGGUAUGUUUACACACAUUUCAAAGAACAAAUUUUAUGCCGAAACCAGAGGCAAAUGAAUGUAUAAUUAAAAGCAGUAAAAGAAAUUAUGGAUUUCUUGUCACACACCUUGUGCACAGUUGCGCACUGAAAAAGCCCACCCACCCUUGUUGUGUCCAGUAACAGAAGUUGUAAAAUCUCUUAACCAAUAAAGAAAAUGUGUUUGUUUUCUGA